AUGGGUUUGGGAACAAAGAUUAAGAACGCCCUCCACAGCGACGACCACCCGAGUCAGUACCAGGGUGAGCAACCCCCCGGAGCAUUCCCUUCGGAUUCAGCCACCUCCGCAAACACCAAGCACAACACCCCCGGCACUACGGGCACCACCGGCACCCACACCACCGGAGGCUACUCCGGAGGCACCACAGGCACAAGCCGUACCUCCGGCACGCAUACCGGCACUCACUCCGGCCCCCACACCACCAGCAACACCACAACGGGUUACGACGAUCCCGAUGGCGUCCACGGACCUCACGGAAAGAAAACCCUGAACAAGGCCGAUCCUCGCGUCGACUCUGACCGCGAUCACCGUGGCGCCCCCGGCUCUGGUCUGACCGGCAACAACACUACCCACGGCACAACGACAGGCUCUGGUUUGACUGGUAGCAACACUACCCAUGGCACUCAUGGCACCCACGGAACGACGUCGGGCUCAGGCCUGACGGGUAACAGCCCCUACUCGAGCAACGUCGCUACCGGGUAUGAUGAUCCUGACGGCGUUCACGGUCCCCAUGGCGGUCGUGCAGCCAACAAGGUUGACCCGCGUGUGGAUUCUGACCGCGACCAUCGUGGCGCCCCCGGCUCCGGUCUGACUGGGAACAACACCACCCAUGGCACACGCGGCACUCACGGCACAACCAUGGGCUCCGGCGUCACUGGCAGCAACAACCCCUACUCGAGCAAUGUCGCCACUGGGUAUGAUGAUCCUGACGGCGUCCACGGUCCCCAUGGCGGUCGUGCAGCCAACAAGGUUGACCCGCGCGUGGACUCUGAUCGCGACCACCGUGGUGCUCCCGGCUCCGGCCUGACCGGCAGCAACAACUACGGCACCGGCACCGGCCACUCCGGAGGAGGUCUUUCCAGCAACCCCCAUGGCGGAGCUACCAGUGGCAUCGCUGGCAACCGCACCACCGGAUAUGACGAUCCCGAUGGUGUUCACGGCCCCCAUUCUGGACGUGCGGCCAACAAGAUCGACCCCCGCGUUGACUCCGACCGCGAUCACCGCGGCGCUCCCGGCACCCAUCGUACCACCGACUCUGGCGUCGACGUAGGCCACAACAAGCCCUAUCCUGGGGACAACCUUCGCAACACCCAGGAGCCGCCGUACUGGGGCGAUGUCGGCCGUGACGGUCAACCCGUCACCGGCACCCACGGCACUCUCAACAAGGACCUACCUCUGCGCCCGAACGAGUCUGGUAUCGGCCGGGGAGGUCCCCAGGCCGUCGGUGGUGGUACUUACAACGCCUCCGCCACCCACCACCACGACCCCGCCUCCAGCGUCGACCGCUCCAUGGAGGGACGUGACUUUACCCACCCUCACCAGACCGGAAACGCCGGCGUCGGCGGUGCUGGCAGCGACCCGUACAGCGGCGUCCACAACGCUGCCCACAACCCGCAAGCAGCUCUCGCCGGCGGAAGCACAUCCGACCCCUACGACACCCGCAUGAGAGACAGAGACAUGGGCCGUGACCGUUCCGGCCACGGCGCCGCUGGUGCGGGCAUCGGUGCCGGCGUCGGCGCCGGUGCCGCCAUGGCUGCCGGCCAGGCUGCUCACAGACACCACCGCGAUGACAUGCACGAGGCCGGCUACGGCUCGGGCACUUCUGGUGCUGGCGGCCUAAACUCCAACUCUGGUGUUACAGGUAACUCUGGUGUUACAGGUAACUCUGGUGUUACAGGUAACUCUGGUGGUGUUGGUGGCAUCCACUCCAACUCGGGCAUCGGCCACAACACGCCCGGCUCUCACGGCAUCUCCAACUCGCGCGGCGGUGUCGACGACUACUCGCGCUCCAGCCUCAGCGGCAACGAGCCCGGCGUGCCCAAGACGAGCAUGCUCGACCCCUACAACGAGUCUUCCACCACCUCGGGUGUCCGCAGCAACGUCGCCGGCGGCAAGGGCGGCCACUACGGCGGGCGCAGCGGGUCUCCCCCCUUCAACCAAGGUAUGCACUCUUCCAACGUCGAUCCCGUCCCCGGCACCACCGGCCUGGGAUCCAGCAGUAUGGGCCCUGACCACUAUGGCCCAGGACACGAAGGAGCCAAGGUCUUCCAUACCUGCGCCCGCUGCGGCGAGGACAACGACAUUAGCAGAUAUUUCAAGAAGGAUGCCGUCUACCGCAUGGGUUAA